AUGUCGCUCUUUCACUGGGGCGUACACGCCUGGGUGGUUUAUUCUCUUGUUGGCUUGUGCAUGGCUUUUGUUACCUACCGAAGAGACCUUCCUAUGACCAUGCGUUCCUGUUUCUACCCACUUUUGGGUGACUGGAUCUACGGAAUCGUUGGAGACGUUAUCGAUAUUAUAUCAAUUGUAUCGACCAUGUUUGGUGUAUGUACAACACUCGGACUGGGAGCCAUGACCAUCAAUUCUGGCGUGAACCGCGUUAACAGCGACUUUAGUGAGAGCGUUGAUAACCAGAUUAUUAUUAUAUGGGUUGUCACCGCAAUGGCAACCAUUUCAGUCAUAACUGGGCUGAAAAUGGGUGUGCGUCGCCUGAGCGAAAUUUGCUUUGGUCUCGGUGUGGCGUUGAUGCUUAUAAUCCUAUUCUAUGACAAGACAUUCUUUCUUUUGAACUUAUACGUACAGAGUAUUGGUUAUUACCUGCAGAAUUUCUUACAAAUUGGUUUCCACACCGAAGCCUUUGCGCAGCUAGGCAAUGCGCCGGAUGGAAAACAGGCACCAGAAUGGAUCGAUACGUGGACCAUCUUCUACUGGGGUUGGUGGAUAUCUUGGUCACCAUUUGUUGGUAUGUUCAUUGCGAGGAUCUCGCGUGGUAGAACUAUCAGAUCGUACAUCAACGCAACUCUCACCGCACCCAUCCUGUUUUCCUUCUUAUGGUUUACCAUAUUUGGCGGCGCCGGACUUAAGAUGGAACGCGAGGCAGCGUUGAAAGGGAUCAACUGCUCCGAUGAAUUUGGUGGGACGAAUUCAACCGAACCUCUGGGAAAUUAUUCCGAUUAUCAUGUCGUGGUGAGGCGCAGAUGUACUUUGACGUACUGCAACAAUAUGGUGACAUUGGUCAGUUUCUAA